UGGACCACACCCACAGGGCGCAACAGCAACAUCUUUUUAAGGAUGGGCACAGCUUGAGCUUAGGCGGGAUUGUUGAGGAAAAAGAAGUUGAAGAAAAGGAGACAGAGGAGCUGAAGAAGAGCCGCUGCCACGUGAUCGAAGGACCAGGAGGAGCUCAAACGCAUUCACUGUUUCAUACCUCGAAUGUGUAAAUUGGCUCUUAAGAAGCUUUAUGAGCUAAACCAGUCUCGUGCCUAGAGCUAAACCUACCUGUUGGAAGUUGUAGCUAAGUAGCUUCCAUUCUUUUCUUUAUUUCUCUUCUCUUUUUACCAAUAAUGGCGAACCAGAUUAGCAAGAAAUGGCCAAGCAUAAUGGAAAAGAGAAAGGACACCUCAAGCACAGGACCUAUCACUUCUACAGCCUCUGAAGUAUCGCUUAGAUUUGACUACCAGUCAGAGCGUACUAGAUCUAACAGCGAUAGUACUGAUAAUGAAGAAAUACCUGUAGUCGGCUACCCACCAGCAGACGAUGUACAUGUAUCUGGUGACAAGGUUUCACUUGAAGAGGAUGAGGGACGAAGGACAGAAGAGAUGUCCGACAAGGAAGAGAGCACAGAGGAAAGAAGAAAUGAAAAGAAGAGGCUUAAUCGAAACGAAGAAGGUCUGCAGGAAGGAGAAUUAGAAGAGAAGUUGUCUAAGAAGUUAAAAACGGAGGAAGUUCGAGAAAAAGAAAAGGCAGUCGAAGUUCAAAAUGAAGCGAAUCAUUCUGAUUCUGAUGCCACUGAUAUUGCGUUAACGGUCAUGGACUACACUGAUGAUUUUUAUAAAGGUAGGCAUAACACGUCCAAUAAAGCCAACAGUAUGUUGUGUAGUCCAGAGGUGGACUCUCCAGCUGCUAAUGAGAUAAGAGCGUCAGAUAGUGAAGAGAAUGAAAACGGCUCUUCUGAUGCAAUCGAUGAAGAAAUUAGCCAACCCAUCACCAAUAGUAUAAACGACAUUACAAGCUACGUCGCCGACACUGAUCCUGAAAGACCUCAAGCUCCUUCAAUAAUGUUAAAUAUUGGUUUAGAGUAUUAUGUACAUAACUGGGAGGCAGGUCCUGCUGAUACCAUGCGUAUACAUGUAGUUACUUUUGGUAACGGCACCUUAUCCGGUAGUACUGAUGUAUCUAGUGAAGAGGGUGAAAUAGGAGGAUUUCCUCUACCAGGUCUAACGAAUGCCAUUGAAUCACCUGUUUCUGUUGUAAGUACAGACCAGGGCAGGUCUGAUUGCGUUCAUUGAAGUUACAAAUCAAAAUUUCUAAUUCCUCCUCAUUCAUUUCACCCAAUCACAUGUAUUAUUAUACUAGAAUAUGAUAAAUUAUAUCCCUAAAAAGAUUAAUUUCUAUUGUCUCAUUCACAUGUCUUUUAAAAUUAACUGCAACCCUCCUUUCAUACUACGUCUUAUUAUCAUAUAAUAUUUUGUAUUAUUUUCUUAAUAUUCAAUUUAAGUGAAUGAUUGUUGUUCAAAAUUAUUAAAAUUCUCUUGUUUUUAAACAUAUUCCUCGUCGUCAGUGUCAUAAUCAUCA